GCGGACAUUUGGUUGGAGGACCGCGGGACGUCGGGACGUGUUCGGUCUGAGCUCCGCCGCUUUUCCAGCGGAGACGAUGUGAUUUCGUCCUCCUCACCUUCCUUCCUUCCUUCCUUCCUUCCUUUUUUUAACCGUCUUCAUUCUUCGUCUCGUCUGGAGGGUUUUUGUUUUUCAUGGUGGCAGCCGCCUUCACUUCGGCUCCGGACAUUAUCUCGUCUGGGUUCUUCUUCUUAUUCCGUCUCACAGAAUAAAUCAGAUCUAUUUCCAGCUCCGUCCUCCCGGUAACUUUGUAGCGGAGGAGGCGGCGCGUCCCCGGCCGGAGGAGCCCAGACACGGCGCACGGCGCACGGAGCAGCGGGCAGCAGGAGCGUCCAUGUCCGCUGGAGGAGCACCAGGCUCGGCUUCCAGCAGCAGCAGCAGCCGCAGAGGAAGAAGCAGGAGGAGGAUUUAGGCUGAACGGGAGCAGGGACGUAAACCCGGAGGAGAUUUCACGAUCUGGAAGGUGAACAAUGGGGCUCCUGAACCUCUGAGGGGGCGAGCGACAAAAGGUCCGAGGGGGAAGAGGAAGAAUAAAGCCGAGCGAGUGAGGACAAAAGAGGAGGAGGAGGCGGAACAGAAGGAGGAGGGGAGAUUCCUGCUCGGCGUGGGUGGAGACGGAGAAGGAGGGAUUUGCUCUAUCUGCCGGGGGUGUGCAUGCUCACCCCUAAUUCGCCCCCUCCCACUUGGACGUCCUCCUUUUUAUUUUUUGUUGGUGCGUCGGCGACGGGCCCGGCCGGAGGCGGAGAAUGCUUGGUGAGAUGGGUGCGUGGAGGCUCGGGGGGAGCAGGGGCCUGGACGUGAGACUACCCAGGACUAGAGUCUGGCUGCUGGGCCUCCUCCUCCUGGCUGCCACGGCCGCGGAGGUGGAGGUCGACAUGAUGGGCGACAUGGCGUUCAUGGAGGCCGGCGGGGAAAUGGAGAGAGGCGGCGGUGAGCUGGAGGCGUCCAUGCGCUCUUCGCUCCUUCAGGACUUCCAGGAAGUGACGGAGGAGAUGCAGUCGAUGGAUGCGGUCGACAGGAGGAAGGCGGAGGCGGAGGAGGUGGUGACGGCGGCGGAGGCCACGCCCACGGCCUUCCCAGACUCCUCUGCGGUGGUGGGCCGGAUUUUCCAGAUGAAGGUGCCAAACAAGAUGGAGGACGUUUACCUGGGAGACAUCGUCAAGAUCACAGAGAUGGGUAAAGACUCCCUCCCGUCCUGGCUGCACUGGGACGCCAGCAGCCGGAUCCUGCAGGGCCUGCCUCUGGACGAGGAUAAAGGGGUCCACUACAUCUCAGCGUCCAUCUCCAACCACACAAAGUCCUCAUCUUCUUCCGAGGUGUUUUCUAUCGAGGUGCACCCUGAGGAUCAUAUGGACGCCGAUCCGGCGCAGCUGGUGUCCAACCAGGCUUCGUCUGAGGACGACGUCCAGCCGUUCAUGUGUGGCAACGAGGAGCCGGUGACGGUGCUGACGGUGAUUCUGGACGCUGAUUUGACCAAGAUGAGCUCAGAAGAGAGGGUGGAGCUCCUGGAUAACAUGAGGAGCUUCUCUGGAGUGGGGCUCCAGCACAUGAAGAUACUCCCUGUGGUCAAUAACAGGCUGUUCGACAUGUCUGCAUUCAUGGCCGGGCCUGGGAACGCCAAAAAGGUGGUGGAGAAUGGUGCUCUGUUGUCUUGGAAGCUCGGCUGCUCUCUGGACCAGAGCACGGUCCCGAACAUCAACAGCGUCCAGGGUCCUGCGAAGGAAGGCAUGAUGUCGGCGAGGCUGGGGUACCCUGUGGUGGGAUGGCACAUUGCCAAUAAGAAACCCCAUGUCCCGAAACGAGUGAGACGGCAACUGUACAACACUCCAACGCCCGUCCUGGCAGCCCUUCCUCCAACAACUUCAGUGGUUCCGCCAAACAGGAUUAUCCCGACCAUGUCUUCUCCCUCCAUUGCCGCACCGACUCAAAGCUCUGCCCCCCCUGUGCGUGGCCCCGUUCCCCUUCCAGGCAAGCCCACAAUCAGAAUUCGCGACCCUAUCAACCACACGCCGACACCGGGACCUUCUCAACCGACCAGGGUAGUGGAGACCACCAGCACCAUCGUCAUACAACCAUCUGCGACCAGACCUGUUUAUGUGGGGCCCACUGCCACGCUGCCCGCAACCACAAAACCCCCCAGGAAGACUAAGAAGGUCAAAACCACACCAAUGUCCAAGACCACCACGGCCAAAACACCCAGCAUCACCACACCUAAACCCCCCAGCCGCACCACACCAUCACCUCGCGUCGUUCCGGAUCCGUACAAUGACAAGCCUGUCUUGAAAAACCCCAUUGACCAGGUCAACGCGCUGGUGGGCACCUAUUUUGAAUUUAAGAUCCCAUCAGACACGUUCUUUGACAUCCAGGACGGAACAACAGACAAGCUGCGUCUAACGCUGAGACAGAACCACAACGAAGUGGUUCCAGAAGACUCCUGGAUCCAGUUCAACACAACCAGCCAGCUCCUGUACGGCCUGCCCGACGCCAAGCACGUAGGCAAACACGAGUACUUCAUGCAGGCCGCUGACAAAGGGGACCUUACUGCUAUUGAUGCUUUUGAGGUGCGCGUCAGCCGCUGGCCCACGAACGACAAGACGCCUGUGAUCUUCACGGCCCGAUUCUCGGGGGAGCCACGUUCUAUAACCAACGACAUCCACAAGAAAAUCCUCCUGGUGAAGAAGCUGGCGUACGCGCUGGGAGACCGCAACAGCAGCACAGUGAGUCUGAGGAACAUCAGCAAAGGCUCCAUCGUGGUGGAGUGGACCAACACCAGCCUUCCACAGGACCCGUGUCCCAGGGAGCAGCUCACAGUUAUGAGCAGGACACUCGGCAACGCCGACGGAAGACCCUCUCAGAACUUCAAGCACAACAUGGAGCCUGAGUUCAAACCGCUGGACGUGAAGGUGAGGGGCCGGGCGAGCUGCAGGGCGCACUCCUUCAUCCCACCACAUGAGAUCCACCUGUCAGAGCCUCCGGCGGUCACUCCCGGCCUGGGCUCCAGCCGGCACAGCACAGACGAUGUCUAUCUCCACACCGUGAUUCCUGCCGUGGUGGUGGCGGCCAUCUUGUUAAUAGCGGGCAUCAUUGCGAUGGUCUGCUACAGGAAGAAGCGAAAGGGUAAACUGACCAUCGAGGACCAGGCCACUUUCAUCAAAAAAGGGGUGCCCAUCAUCUUUGCAGAUGAACUCGAUGACUCUAAGCCCCCCCCGUCCUCCAGCAUGCCCUUGAUUCUGCAGGAGGAGAAGCCCCCGCUUCCGCCCCCCGAGUACCCCAACAUGGCCACGCCGGAGACCACGCCCCUCAACCAGGAGCUGCUGGGGGAGUACACAGCUCUGAGAGACGAGGACCCCAACGCGCCCCCCUAUCAGCCACCGCCUCCCUUCACCGCUCCCAUGGAGGGCAAGGGCUCCCGUCCCAAGAACAUGACUCCCUACAGAUCGCCACCCCCCUAUGUGCCGCCCUAAGACUUGUCCAGCCCUCCCCUGGACGGGCGGAGGGAGGGGACGCCUGAGGAACUAUGACCUGUUUCCAUUCUGGUGUUUGUCUGUCUGGACUUUUACAGGGAGUGAUGACAAGAGGUGCUAAAGUACACAAAAACAACUACAGGGGGACUUUGGUGUGGGUGGGGCUUUUGCAGUGGACAGCUGGGAUGAUUGGUUGAAGCAGCUGGGAGGGACUACUGUUUUGGUGGUAGCCCAGCUACUACAGUGGCCUAAGACAAACAAAUCGUCGUCACGUCGGCUUUUGGUUCGACCAGUUGGUCCGAAGUGACACCUGGGGAGACGUGUUCUCUCCGUCCAGCAUUUCAUUCGUUUCUCCUCGAUUCAUUUGGAUACUGGAUUUUAUUUGAUUUUUCAUCUUUAUCCCCAGAUUAUUCUUUUUUUUCUUCUUUCUUUUCCCUCUGGACUAACGAAUCUUCUUCUUCUGCGCUCAAACAAUGCGAGAAGACGGUGACCUGUCAUCGUGGCACCGCCGGCGACCACGCGUCGUUUUUAUAAAAAAAUGAAAACUUAAAGGAGAUUCUCUGAGUAUCACCCGGCAGACAACACAGGAGGAGGAGGACGAAUGAACGAGUGAAUGAGUGAAUGAGUGAGUGUGUGUUUAUUCGGAUUCAAUACGGUUUGCCUUUUAACACUAGCUGUCUGUUUCUAUCCUUAUUCACACGUCUCGUAAAGAUGAGAAUAACAAGGUAGCCUAAAAGACUUAGACAUGAAUAAAUAAUCAUUUGUUUGUUUCAUUGGUUUUGAGAGUCACUGUAUAUCUGGACGACGUUCUGAGAGAGUGUUAUAUUUUUUUCGGGCUGGGGUGGGGGGUUGCCUCUCUAAAAUAACCUGCAGGGGUUUUUCUUCCCGUUUUUAUUCUUAUUUCUCAGCCAGAUGGUGAAUAAGUCAAAAAAACUGAUUCAAGGAGGCGAAUUAUUUAAUGUGGGAUUAGAUGCAAAAAACUAAAAAAAGUUUCAUGUUUGAGUUUAUUCAGGCUGGAUGUAAACAGGAAGAACCCUGCAGAAGAUUUUGGACCUGGAGGGCGGGAGGACGGGAUAAUUAUUUUUUUAUGUGUGGAGGCAGAGUCCUUGUCUCCGGUUGGUUGCCGUGGAGACUGUACAGAUGCUCACGUUUUUUCGAGGUCACGGAGGAGGCGACGGUGGCCGACAUCUCCAGAAAUUAUCUCGCUUAAAAAAAAAGAAAUAAAAAAAUUUCCUUCUAAUUUUUUUACAGAGUUUUUGAUACAGCCUCAAACUUGUUUGAUUAUCGAGAGGAAACACGAUCAAUGAUUAGUCUUCUGUGAUUUUUAAGAAAAAAAAUUAGUCUAGAACUUCAAUUAAGAUGAUUCAGUUACUCGAUUUGAUUUGUUUUUGUUCUUUUCAUCAUGGGUCACAUGUUUCCAGUGUUUUAUUUUUCUGUGUGUGUUUGCAUUUAAAAUGUACCCCCCCCCACUAUACAAAGAUGGAAUGACCCAUAUUUUAUGUAAUCAGAUCUUUAUUUUCAUGUCCUUUCUCGUUUGCUGAUGAGUUUCAACUGAACCUGACCCUUUGCAAUAAUAGCGCGCGGUGCAGUCGGUCUGAGCCGCUGACGCAGCGUCAUGACGUUGGUUUUCUGCAGGAUGCCAAGGCUUUUUUUGCUUAUCGAGUGUGCAUUGUAAUAAUAAAACCAACUGGUACCUUAAACUAA